AUGGAGUCGCAGGCUGGUCAAGCAUUUCAGGCGGCCAAUCCGCAAGCUUGGGACGUUCACGAUGACGCAGCUAUCGAACAGGAGAUGAGGGAAGGGCAGAGGCGUUGGCACCAGGAAUGGGUGAAGGAGUACACGAACGCACUCGACAAGGCUCGCCAGUACAACAGUUCCACUCGCCGUGGCCUCGCUCCCCUUCCUACUCUGUUCAACUGCCCCCGUAUUGGGCCGCUCCCGCUCAAACCAUUGCUGCACCCCGCCCCACCCAAGUUUCCGACUACAUUGCUCCGCCUCCGCAACAUGAACGAGUCUGACUUGAACGCUGUGCUCCGCGGCUACCACCUCGAUACUGAAGGAACCGCCGAGGAGCGCCGUGAGAGGCUCAGGGAGUAUAUUGGCGCGGGUAGCAAUGAGAAUUACUGA